AGUCAUACGAGCUCAAUCUGGCAGCGUGGCCCAAGCAAACCAGAAGUUGUGCGUAUCUCGUUUCGUUGGGCUGCCAUGGGCAACCAGGUGUGCUCAUCGCAGGGAUGCUGUGCGGGAGACGAGGGCAAGGCCACCGCCACUGCGGCCGACCACAGCGUGCUCGAGGCGACGCAGGUGCUGGAGGACUCCAGGGCCUGCCCGGGGAAAGAGAAACUUGACCUCCCGCCUGUCAACGACAAGACGUACUCCGUGAUGCUCAACAAGAGAUCGGGCGGGAAGCUCGGCCUCGACGUGGACUUCAUGGAGGGCCGGACGAUCCUGCCGAUCAUGGCGCUCACCGGCGGGCUCGCCGAGGCGUGGAACACGGCCAACCCGCUGACGCCCUUGCAGAGGGGUGACAGCAUCGUCGCGGUGAACGGCUGCAGCGCGAACGCCAGCGCAAUGCUGGACAAGUGCAAAAACGACACCGUGCUCGAACUUACGCUCUGCGCCCAGCUGACCUACGAGCACCUCGUCGGGGACCUAGAGAAGCUGGUGGACCAGAAAGGCUGCGGCCCGCUCCUGGUCCGCCUGUCCUGGCACGACGCCGGCGUCUUCAGCACCGGCAGCAACCCCGGUGGUUGCCCCAAUGCCGCGAUGCGCUUCCUGGACGGCGGCGAGAGCAAGUUCGGCGCCAACGCCGGGCUGCCGGAGGUGGCGAUCCCCCUCCUCUCGAACAUCUCGGGCAAGUACUGCCCAGACCUCAUCUCGCACGCGGACCUGUGGGCCCUGGCCGCCAACGUGUCCAUUCGCCUGAUGGGCGGCCCGGACAUCGCCACGCGCUUCGGCCGGGUAGACGCACGGUCCUCCGCCGCGUCCGUGCCGUCCCAGGACGGUCGCUUACCAGAUGGCGACAAGGGCGCGGACCACUUGCGGCAGAUCUUCCACUCCAAGGGCUUUCAGGACAGGGACAUCGUGGCGCUCUCGGGUGCUCAUGCCGUCGGCAGGUGCCACCUCGACCGGUCCGGCUUCGACGGGGCGUGGACUGCGGACCCCAGCAGGUUCGACAACUCGUACUUCAAGGCUCUGGUCGAGAAGUCCUUCAGCCCCGAGACGACAAGCAAGGGCAAACCGCAGUACAGGUGCGCGGCCUCGAAUACCAUCAUGCUGGAGAGCGAUAUGGCUCUGGUCCAGGACCCCAGCUUCAAGAGGUGGGUGGACGCCUACGCCGCGGACCAGGACGCCUUCUUCGCGGACUUCUCGGACAGCUGGGCGCGCCUGCAGGAGCUCGGCUGGGCGAGCCUGCGGGAC